UUUAUAUUAUUUCAUUCAUCUAAAACAUAUGAGCAGCAAACAAAAAUUAGAGAAGCAACUAGAGACCGCUUUAGAUAACCUCAUUCAAAAGGUUGAGGAUAUAAAAAGCUCUGUAAUUAAUGUUUUAUUAAAGAUUGAACAUGAAGAUGCCUCACAAAACUGGCCAUCAAUAUUAGAUAGUUUUGCACUUCUAGCUAGCCAUUUUAACUCGUUAAAUAGAUAUCUAAAGAAUAUGAAAGGGCCAAAUCUUAGAAAUUUUGCCUUCUUACCAAUUUUAUUGGAGCCAGAAAUCAAUCCAAAUUUAGAAGGUCUAACUGAAGGUCGCGUAAAGGCUUUCAACCACGAGGUAGUCCCUAAUUACAUGAGAACCAAGCUAGAUCCCGAAAUCGAGUUCCGAGAUAGUCAGACCCUCCAAAGAUGCGGUCAAAUAUCGCUGGAAUUCGUUCAGAAGCAGAGCAACACUAUGAACAAGAUAUCCACUUCAGUACUUAACCACUUAUCUAACACCAAGGAAAAUUUGAUGUCCGAUUCCAAUUUGAAUUACAAAUCUAACAUGAACAACCCGGCUUCGGUGAACGAUUUUCAAACACUCAUCCUAGCCGUUAACUAUGGUUAUGGUCUUCACUCUAGCACAACCGCCAUGUCUAGCCCUAUCAAAUAAUCAAUAGCUCGUUAUCCGAAUAUCUCUUUUUUCUCCAAUAUAAUUUUGUUACCCCCCCCCCUCCCCCCAAAGAAUUCUAUGUUAUAUUAUUAUUAUAUUAAUUUUUUUAAAAAUUUAUAUACAAUAUUUUAUGAUUUUACCUUUUAUUUGGUGAGGGAAUAAGAAAAAUGGAAAUAUAAGGGUUUUAUAUUUCACGUAUAACUUGCUAUACAUGCCAGACACCUUGAAAAUGGUCAAAUUUUAGGUCCUGUUAGGAUAAGCUCGAGCCUGAAAUUUUUUUAGCCCUAUCCAAUGACAUAUAAUAAUACCUAGACUGUCGAUGCAUUCAUAAUAUUAUAUUUGAAAGUGUCGUUGAAUGCAAAUCAGCUGAACCCGCCAUUUUGGUAACCCAUAUAGUUCAUAAUAAUGCAAUUGAAAGCGUCGUUGUGUGCAAAUCAGCUGGAUCCGCCAUUUUGGUAACCCAUAUAAUAAUUAUCCUUAUGUUAAAAGCUACUAUUAAAUUGAUAACUUGUUAUUAUCUCGAUGAUCAAUCAAUUCUUAAUUAAAGUUUGCGUCAUGCUUAGGAAUAAAUUGGUCUCUCGUUAAAUUUUUUUAAUAAUGAUAUGCGUAAUCAAAAUGGCGUCCCCAGCAGUUUUCAGUGAUGUACACUUAUAAUGAUUGCAUCGUCAGUCUAGGUAUAAUUAUAUGUCAUUGGCCCUAGCCCAGAUGUUUAUUUUUGUUCCUUUUACAGCCCGUACCCAUAAUUUCUUACAUUUUCUUUAUUUCGAAAUUUUUCUCCCUCUAUUUUCUAAAUUGCCUCAAAGGUAACUGAUUUAUAAAAAUCGACCCGGCCCAAAUUUUUAAUUUUAUAAAAUAAUUAUAUCUUUUUGUAAUCUCAACUUGUUACCAAUUCCUGUCAUUUUUUUGUCAAAUUUAACGAGGUAUUACGAGGGAAUCUCUCAUUCCAUUUUGAGUCAACUUUCCCAUAGGUAAAAAAAAGACUCCCCUUUCAACCCUAAAUUCAAAAAUCUUUCGGAAAAAUUAUAAAGAAACAAACAAAAAAAUUAAA